CUUUUCACGAACAUAAACGACCCACUGAUUCAUCUGCGCACUCGAUCAUAAUCAUCAUGGGCAUCCUCAUCUCGUUCUUUGUCGGAACUGUGGCAGCUAUGAUCGGCGUCUUCGAGCUGGUCUUUUUUGGCCUCGCAUGUCUGAUCGCCGCAAUCCUGUGCUGCGGCUUCUGUGAGGCGUGCUGUGGGCCGCCGCGGGGAGCAGGAGCGGGGGUAGGAGGGCCUGGGGUGGUAGGGGCAGGGACGACAACGAGGGCCAGGAGACGAGGAUGGGGGUUCGGACGCAGGAAGGCUCGCCAGGGCGCCGGGACCAGAGAAGGUCCUGAGAUGACUGGGGCGGGCUGGGAGACGGGUACGGAGAUGGUAACGCCCGCGUGGAGGCCUCGAUGCAGCCCACUUAAUGACGGCCUAGCAAUAAUUUCUUGGUCGAGCAGGUUGAGAAUCGCUUGGUGGAGUCUGUUCGGUGUUCAAUGCAGUCAAUAG